CUUUGCUCCUGUGUGUCCUCCAUACGACCCGGCUGCCUAUAUAUACUCACACUCUGUACUCAGUAGCUCACUGACUGAACAGCAAGCUUCGUCCACACAGCUGCAGUGUCAAUCAUGAAGGUCCUUGUGGUGCUCGCCCUCGCUGUUUUCACAGCCGGCUGCAAUGCCAACAUCGUGCGGCAAAACCAGCCCAAGCAGCAGGUCGACAUGGUGAAAGAUGUUUUCUGGGACUACGUUGCCAAGGCAACCAUGACUGCAGAGGACUCCCUGAAGCAGAUCAGACAGUCCCAGCUGGGCAAGGAAGUGAACACCCUCAUCUCCGAGAGCACCGACGCCGUCAACAAGCUCACAGACGCUCUGCGUACUAAGGUGGCUCCUCUCACCCAAGACCUCAUGUCUAAGUUUGCCCAGGAGGCCGAGCAGCUGAAGACCCGCGUGGAGAAAGAUCUGACCGCCAUGGGAACCCAUCUGCAGCCCUACGCCACAGAGCUGGUAGCUGACCUCCAGAGGCAGGUGGAGGAGCUGAAGAGGGACGCGACCCCCUACGCCAACAGCAUGGACUCCGAGACCCUGAAGGCCGUCCUGCUGCAGAAGACCCAGGAGCUGAAGGGGCAAAUGGAUGAGAGCAUGAUCAGGCUGCAGGCCCAGAUGGUUCCUUACACCGAGGAGAUGAAGGAGAAGAUGGAGCAGAGCCUGGACGAGUUUCAGAGGAGCAUGAUCCCCCUGGCCCAGAGCUUUGAGACCCAGCUGACCCAGAAAACCCAGGAGAUCCAGCAGAACCUGGCUCCAUUGGGAGAGGAGCUGAGGGCCAAGCUGGACGCCGACACCAAGAACCUGAAGAGGCAGCUGACUUCCCUGUGGAGGUCCUUCACUAAGCUGACCCAGUAAACGGACUAAUAUCUAUACUCAGUUUUGAAUUUUGGGACAGAUACAAAGUGCAAUACCUCAUUUUCUAUGUUGAUGAAAGAUGCUCUCAAAGGCAACCUUCUCAAUAAUAUCAGUAUUUCCUCUUUUGUGUUACAACUAUAACUUGUAAAAGAACAAUAAAUUGGUUAAAUGUG